AUGUUCAACAUGGUCCAUUGGAAGGACAUUUUCAACAUCGAUCGCCGCAGAGCCCACCACCGCGUUCAGGUCGAGCGUCGGCGGCUUCUCCCAUCGUAUGCCGUCGACGAAGCAGAACCAUCUCAGUCUUCCAAGGAAAUUGCCAAGGUCGCUCUUCGCCUGAAAUACCAGAUUGAGCAGGUGGUUUUCUGCGAGGUCGAGGAGAGCGCUCUGACCGACCCCAACAGUCGUGUCAUCACGCCAAACGUGAUUGAGACGACCAAGCGGGCGGGCGGUGAUGAUUACAAGGCCUGUAUAGUUUACUGCUUGUUGGUUUGUCUGCGGUGGUUCAAGAUCCAGUCCUCUGUGGAGCUGUGGGAUGCCGAUCUCCAUGAAGCUCGCGCGAUAGCUUGUGAGGUUAUCGCCAAGCGCAUAAUCGAGUCCGAGCAGAACCUAGAUUAUUUGCUGAAGGAUGUUCUACUGAAGCGAUACUCCUUGUUCAGCGAAGGGGUGGAGACCGAUCCUGCCAACGUCAUCGAGCGGGCUGUAGAUCUCCAUGCUCUAAAGGUCAUCAGCUCUGCGGGAUACCAAAAAUGCAUUCAGCAUCUUUGGCGAGGCUGGAUCUGCCAGGAAGACGGCAAUCCGACCAACUUUGUCGAGUACGUCGACAAAUCCAACACCAAUUACUGGGUUCAUUUCCACCCCGACCGGAUGAGGACUCCGCUCUACCAGAAUGUCUGCCAGAUUUUAUUCUCUUUGUUAUACCUUGCACUGUACACGGCUGUGAUCAACACGGUGAACCCGAGCGGUGAUCUUGACGUGGCCGAGUGUAUUUUGUAUGGCAUGACCUUGGCGUUUAUCUGCGACGAGGUGGUCAAGUUCUGGAAAGUCGGCUGGAAUUAUCUCGAGUUCUGGAACGCCUUUAACUCGACGCUGUAUACGAUUCUGGCAGCCUCGUUCUUUUUGCGAGUGGUGGCUCUAGCACACUCAUCCUCGGCUCAGGAUGAACAGAGACAGCUAUACAACGAGCUUAGCUACAACUUCUUGGCCUUUGCCGGCCCAAUGUUCUGGAUGCGCAUGAUGCUCUAUCUGGACUCGUUCCGCUUUUUCGGGGCCAUGUUCGUCGUUCUGCGGGUGAUGAUGAAGGAGAGUCUAAUCUUCUUCGCGCUGUUGUUUGUGGUGCUGGCCGGAUUCUUCCAGGCCUUCAUCGGAAUGGCCCAGGUGGAUGCGGAUAUUCACAUCACCAGAUCCAUUAUACAGGGGAUGGCAAACUCGGUCAUGUCGAGUCCUGAAUUCGACACCUUCCAGGACUUCGCGUUCCCCUUUGGCAUUAUUCUUUACUAUGUUUUCAAUUUUGUUGUCAUGAUCGUGCUGUUGAAUAUUCUCAUUGCGCUGUACAACAGCGCGUACGAAGAUAUCUCGGGCAAUGCCACCGACGAGUACAUGGCGAUCUUUGCACAGAAAACCAUGCAAUUUGUCCGCGCUCCGGAUGAGAACGUGUUUAUACCACCAUUUAACCUCGUCGAAAUCUUGUGCCUGGUCGCCCUGUUUGAAUGGUGGCUCCCACGUGAGUAUUAUGCGAAGUUGAACGAUGUUAUCAUGGGCGUCAUCUAUUCGCCGCUGCUGAUCUUUACCGCCUGGCUUGAAACUCAUCAAGCCCACCGGAUCAGAUGGAAUCGUCGUCGUGGAGAGGAAGAUGAUGAUAACACCCAAGAGUGGGAACAUGUGGCCGAGGAUGUUGAUUUCGAUCUCGAGGAUACCUGGAGGCAAUUGGUUGACGACACCAAGCCUGAUCUUAAGGUUGACAGGUGCACUCUAGAGAUCAGAGAGCUCCAGGAACAAGUGACGACAUUGACGGAGAUGGUCAAAGUACUGACUCCCGAGAAAGGAGUGGAUGGGAAGGCAAAGCUCGCCGAUGACCCCCAGAUUCAAUAUGCAUCUUUGCACAAUCCUCUCCCUUUGCAAUUGCACACCUACAUCUGGCCAUUCUUGAUUAUUUGGCCAGCUUUCUUCGCUUUCUAUCUCUCGCCGGAGCGCUAUGACACCUACAUCCAAGGCCAGGAAUGGACGUUCGUUUGGUCGGGCACCAUCAUCACGGCUCAGUCGCUCCUUUGGCUGAUGACCAAGUGGAACAUCAACAUCUGCACUCUGUUCACGACCACUUCGGCCAAGUCGAUCGACUCUGCCCGCCUGAUUAAGGUGAUUCCCAUCACCAACGCCGGCUCCGCGGAGAUUUCCCCUUUGAUCCAUGACAACACCGGCGGAAAGAAAACGGUUUCGUUUCUGUUCCAGAAGCGCCGCUUUUUGUUUUACCCCGAUCGUCGGUCCUUUGCUCCUCUGUCUUACGUUCUCGACUCGGAACCCAAGCCCGCCCUCCAAUACUUCCAAAAGAGCCAGGGGCUGGCCACCAAAGCCGAGAUUGACCGCGUACACCACCACUAUGGAGACAACACUUUUGAUAUUCCCGUCCCUGGGUUCAUUGAGCUGUUCCAGGAACACGCCGUUGCGCCGUUCUUCGUUUUCCAGGUUUUCUGUGUCGGGCUGUGGAUGCUGGACGAAUACUGGUACUACUCGUUGUUCACGCUCUUCAUGCUGGUUGCAUUCGAGAGUACUGUGGUGUGGCAGCGACAGAGGACCUUGAAUGAGUUCCGUGGAAUGAGCAUUAAACCCUACGACGUGUGGGUGUACCGUGAGCGCAAAUGGCAGGAGAUCACCAGCGACAAGCUUUUGCCUGGCGAUCUGAUGUCGGUCAACCGCACCAAGGAGGACAGCGGCGUCGCCUGUGAUAUCCUUCUGGUCGAAGGCAGCGUGAUCGUGAACGAGGCAAUGCUUUCUGGCGAGAGCACCCCGCUCCUGAAGGACUCGGUUCAGCUUCGACCGGGCGAAGAACUGAUCGAACCUGACGGUCUGGACAAAAAUGCGUUUGUGCAUGGAGGAACGAAGGUCCUGCAGAUCACACAUCCCAACGCCAAUGGGGACGAGAACUUGAAGAACAUUGCUAGUGGCGUUACAAUCCCUCCGGAUAAUGGUGCGCUGGGCGUGGUGGUCAAGACCGGGUUCGAAACUAGCCAGGGCAGUCUUGUGCGUACCAUGAUUUAUUCGACCGAACGUGUGUCCGCCAACAACGUCGAGGCCUUGCUUUUUAUUCUCUUCCUCCUCUUCUUCGCAAUCGCGGCCUCCUGGUACGUGUGGCAAGAGGGUGUGUCCAAGGACCGCAAGAGAUCUAAGCUUCUCUUGGACUGCGUGCUAAUCAUUACGAGCGUCGUUCCUCCGGAGCUUCCCAUGGAGCUUAGCCUGGCUGUCAACACUAGUCUUGCUGCCCUGAGCAAGUUCGCAAUCUUCUGCACCGAGCCCUUCCGGAUUCCAUUUGCUGGACGUGUCGACGUGGCUUGCUUUGACAAGACCGGUACUUUGACUGGAGAGGAUUUGGUUGUUGAUGGUAUCGCCGGACUCACUUUGGGCCAAACAGGUGCCACCGUCGAGCCAGACGGUGCCCACAUCGACUUGGCAAAGGCUGCUGCUGUUGGUCCUGAGACUACUCUCGUUCUCGCAAGUGCUCAUUCUCUGGUGAAAUUGGAUGAGGGUGAUGUCGUUGGCGACCCCAUGGAAAAGGCUACGUUGCAGUGGCUCGGCUGGACUUUGGGCAAGAAUGACACCCUGGCCUGCAAGGGCAUUGCCCCGGUGGUAUCUUCUCGUCCCGUUGAGUCUGUUCAAAUCAAGAGACGGUUUCAGUUUUCGUCCGCCCUCAAGCGCCAAAGUACCAUAUCGACUAUCACGAGCUCCGACCGAAAGACUUCGAAAAAGAGCAAGGCCACUUUUGUUAGCGUCAAGGGUGCCCCCGAGACCAUUCGGGGCAUGUUGAUCAACCCGCCUCCCAACUACGAGGAAACUUUCAAGCAUUUCACCCGUAACGGGGCUCGUGUUCUCUCUCUUGCCUACAAGUACCUCUCGUCAGACUCUGAGCUUUCUCAGGGCCGUGUGAACAAUUAUUCCCGGAGCGAAAUCGAGGCUGAUUUGAUCUUUGCUGGUUUCCUUGUUCUUCAAUGCCCUCUGAAGGAGGACGCAAUCAAGUCUGUUCGCAUGCUGAAUGAAAGCAGCCACCGGGUCGUCAUGAUUACCGGUGACAACCCGUUGACUGCGGUUCAUGUGGCUCGCCAAGUUGAGAUUGUCGACCGGGAAGUGGUGAUCCUCGAUGCUCCUGAGCAUGACAACUCUGGCACACGUCUGGUUUGGCGAACAAUUGAUGACAAGAUGAACACCAAUGUUGAUCCGACCAAGCCUUUGGAUCCGGAGAUUUUGAACAGCAAGGAUAUUUGUAUUACUGGAUAUGCUCUGGCGAAGUUCAAGGGCCAAAAGGCUCUGCCCGAUUUGCUCCGCCACACCUGGGUCUACUCUCGCGUGUCUCCCAAGCAGAAGGAAGAUAUUCUGUUGGGUCUCAAGGAUGCGGGUUAUACUACCUUGAUGUGCGGUGAUGGCACCAAUGACGUCGGCGCGCUGAAGCAAGCCCACGUUGGUGUUGCGCUUUUGAAUGGAUCGCCCGAGGAUCUUUCCAAGAUUGCCGAGCACUACCGGAUCACCAAGAUGAAGGAACUGUAUGAGAAACAGGUUGGCAUGAUGCAACGAUUUAACCAGCCUGCGCCCCCGGUGCCCGUGCAGAUCGCUCACCUGUACCCCCCUGGACCUACCAACCCGCACUACCAAAAGGCCAUUGAGCGAGAGGCACAACGAAAGGGCUCCGCGAUUGCAGCGGCCUCCGGCAACCAGCAAAGCAGCGCCGAGCAAAUCCCUACCAUCACGUCCCCUGGCGCCCAGGCCCUUCAGCAGUCGUCCUCGACCAUGACCCCGCAGCAGCAGAAGCAGCAGCAGGCCCAGAUUGCCGCGGCCGGCCUUGCAGACAAGCUUACUUCUUCUAUGCUGGAGCAGGAGAUGGAUGAGAGCGAGCCGCCGACAAUCAAGCUGGGCGAUGCGUCCGUUGCUGCGCCGUUUACUAGCAAGUUGGCCAACGUUAUUGCUAUCCCGAACAUUCUUCGUCAGGGCCGUUGUACCUUGGUUGCGACGAUCCAGAUGUACAAGAUUCUUGCCCUGAACUGUUUGAUCAGUGCGUACAGUCUGAGUGUUAUCUACCUGGAUGGAAUCAAGUUCGGUGAUGGUCAAGUCACGAUCAGCGGGAUGUUGAUGAGUGUUUGCUUCUUGUCUAUCUCCCGAGCCAAGUCUGUCGAGGGUCUGUCCAAAGAGCGCCCGCAGCCGAACAUCUUCAACAUCUACAUCAUCGGGUCCAUUCUCGGACAAUUUGCGAUCCACAUUGUGACGCUGAUCUACAUCUCGAACUAUGUCUACCAGAUUGAGCCGAGACAAUCCGAUAUCGACCUGGAGGGCGAGUUCGAGCCGUCCCUUUUGAACAGCGCGAUCUAUCUUCUGCAGCUGAUCCAGCAAAUCUCGACCUUUUCGAUCAACUACCAGGGCCGUCCGUUCCGCGAGUCGAUCCGCGAGAACAAGGCUAUGUACUGGGGUCUGGUGGCUGCCUCGGGUGUCGCCUUCUCCUGUGCCACGGAGUUUGUGCCCGAGAUCAACGAGAAGCUGCGCCUGGUCCCCUUCAGCACCGAGUUUAAGGUUACCUUGACUGUGGUGAUGGCGAUUGAUUACGCCGGUUGUUGGCUGAUUGAGAAUGUGCUCAAGACCCAGUUCAGUGAUUUCCGUCCCAAGGACAUUGCGGUUCGCCGCGAGGAUCAGCUGAAGCGUGAAGCGGAGCGUAAGUUGAGGGAGCAGAUUGAGGCGGAGGCACAGACGGAGGCGCAGAGGAAAAUCUAG